AAAUAUCACGUUGUAUCGAGGCAAAAAUUUCUUUCAAGAAUCUGUAGCCAGAACUCCGCAAGAUUGCAUUCUGCUGAUAAUAUUUCUUCUUAUUAUGAGUGACGUUUUCCAUGCUGCCUUGUCCAGAGGACGUGGAGCAUUUCAAUGGUCCAACUCUCUGCUCUCUCAUCUAGUCAUUGAUCUUGGCCAAAUGGCUUUGAAUUUGAAAGGAGAGACAAGCAGAGUCGGACUAAAAAUAAAAACCAAUAACAUCCAAUUUCCCUCAUCGCAUUCCUCCUAUUAUAUCGAGGGUAUCGAUCAAUUUGUAUAUCUUGUAGCGUUAUUUUCACCGACGACGGCGCCGAGGUUAAUGUCACUCGAUGCAAUGUUAGAUCCCAAUUCGCUGUUUUGCAUAAAAUUUGGAAAUGCAGCAAAUGAAAAGUGACACAAAA